AUUUUCUCAAAUUCAUCAAACAACAUUUCACAAACAACAACAAUCAACAAUGGCAACUUCCAUGAUCCAUAUAUUCGUCACCUUCAUGCUCGUGGCCGCCCACAUGGCCAUCGCCGAUACAAACAUGCUUCAAGAUUUCUGUGUUGCUGAUCUCUCCAACGGUGUGAAAGUCAACGGAUACCCUUGCAAAGACCCAGCAAAAGUAACACCAGAAGACUUCUACUUCGUAGGCUUAGCCACUGCUGCAGCCACAGCCAACUCCACAAUGGGUUCAGCUGUUACAGGAGCCAACGUUGAGAAAGUGCCUGGCCUCAACACUAUGGGAGUCUCCAUCUCUAGGAUCGACUACGCACCAGGCGGACUUAACCCACCACAUCUUCACCCAAGAGCCUCCGAAGCCAUCUUCGUCCUUGAAGGCCGCCUCUUCGUCGGUUUCUUAACCACUGGCGGGAAACUCAUCUCCAAACACGUCAACAAAGGAGACGUUUUUGUUUUCCCCAAAGCUCUCCUCCAUUUCCAGCAGAACCCUAACAAUGCUCCUGCAUCCGUUCUCGCUGCUUUCGAUAGUCAGCUUCCCGGGACUCAAGUUGUUGGACCUUCUCUGUUUGGUGCUAACCCACCGAUUCCUGAUGACCUGCUUGCCAAGGCGUUCGGAGUUGGAGCACCAGAGAUUCAGAAGAUUAAGGGCAAAUUCCCACCAAAGAAAUAAAUAGGUUUCAGACCAGAGAAUUAAUGUAAUAAUGAUAUACAAUGAUGAACAUAAAAAUGUAAACUUCUA